AUGAGCGUCGCAUACGAGCCCCGAUCCUUCAUUCAUGAGGGCGCCUAUCCCCCCAUAGGCGACGAGCAUGACCAUGCCGCCGAACAACGCUUCACAGACUCCGAUGUUGCCGAGCACCUCAGCCAUUAUACCGCAGAAGCGUCCAUGCUGCCGGAUGACAGAGGCGUCAUGGGGGACGAAAGAGAUAUCCUAGUUGAUGACGAUGCUGUCGUUCAAGAAGCAGCUCAACUAGACCUCGACACACCAGAGUUCUCAUCGCCUCUCCAGGUUGCACUACAUGCGCCGCCGCUGCCAGAUCCCAUACACGAAAGCAAAGAGCUCCCACGAACCGACAUGUCCUCUCCGUCAUCGCGAAUAAAGCCAAUCAUCAAGCCGGAGCGUGAAGUUCACAAGAAGUCGGAUGGGAAAUUCCACUGUCCUCUAGAUGAUUGUAAAGAGGAACUUCGUGCAUUCUCGCGCAAAUGCGAAUGGAACAAGCACAUGGACAAGCAUGAACGUCCUUAUCGCUGCCCGGCCGAAGGAUGUGAAAAUCUCCCUGGCUUCACAUACUCUGGCGGUCUCCUCCGACAUGAGCGAGAGGUUCAUGGCAAGCACGGCGGCCCUAAGAACACUGUCAACUGUCCGCAUCCCAACUGCAAGCGACAUACUGGCAAAGGCUUCUCUCGACAGGAGAAUCUUAACGAGCAUCUUCGUCGAGUACAUACCAACAUGGAUACAUCGGCAUCUCCUAUUGAGGCCGCCGCCUCUCCUGACGACAAUGAAAGCGAGAAAUCUGGGACGAAGCGAAAACGCCGUCUAAGUAGCCAAGGUGGGGACGAGCUUUCUGAUCUCCGCGAGGAGAUCAAGCGGGUACGAGAGGAAAACGAGAGGCUCAAGUCCGAGGUGGACCAGCAACAAGAGCACUCUCUAUCUAUGAUGGCGCAAAUCGCGGAGCUGCAA